UGCGCAGUAAAGAAACUCAGAUUAAUAUGGGUGGAAAAAUCUCAAAGAACAACAGCAGCAGCAACGACACAGCCACAACAAGCAGCAGCAGCAACAAUAGCAUAUCAGGAAAAGCAUUCAACGGACUCGGCAACCUCAUAAGGCUCCUCCCUACUGGCACCGUCUUCGUUUUCCAAUUUCUCAACCCCGUCGUCACCAACGACGGCCGCUGCGGCGCCGUCCUCAACAAGUACCUAGCUGGCGCUCUCCUCAUCAUCUGUGCCUUUAACUGCGUCUUCGCCAGUUUCACUGAUAGCUACACAGGAAGCGACGGUGCCCGCCACUAUGGCAUCGUCACGACCAAGGGGAUAUGGCCGUCUCCGGCGUCGGUCGACGUCGACUUGAAGGCGUACAGGUUGAGGUUUGGGGACUUCGUGCAUGCUUUGCUCUCGCUGCUCGUGUUCGCCGUUUUGGGACUGUUGGACAACAACACCGUCCAGUGUUUCUACCCCAAGUUUGAGACGCAGCAGAAGGUUCUGUUGCAGGUGUUGCCGCCGGCGAUCGGAGCGCUUUCUGGUGUGGUGUUCAUGAUGUUCCCUAAUAACCGCCAUGGUAUUGGGUACCCUGCAAGCUCCGACGAUAAUGCUGCCAGAAGCUCCCAACAGCCCUAGUUUGGUGAUGGUGAAGUGUGUGUACGUAUGUAUGUGUAUAUAUUUAUGUGAUGUUUCUGUUUCGUUCGCUUUGAUGGAUGAUGGUGACGUGUAUUUUUGUUGGGGGAGUAUUUAACAAUUUGACUAACUUUGUUCGUAAAAAAAAAUAAAAAUCCAAUAAAAAGAAAAAUUAUAUAUUGAUGACACUUUGAUCA